UUCAGUCCUGCUUCAGUUGUUCCUGCCCGUCGACUCUGCUGCCAUGCUGUGCCCUGUGCUGCUGUGUGCCACGCUGCUCCUCCUGACACCUCUGGAGAUCACGGAGGCUCGCGCUCUGCACCCUCCUCCUGAUGCUGUGCAGUUUAUGGAGCAGUUUCUGGAACGCUACAAUGACCUUUUGACCCUGGAUGACCUGGAGAACCUGUUGAACAGCCAACCAGAGGAGCAGGCCACCUUCGCCGCGGGGGUCAAAGCGGCCGAGUACCCCAAAUGGGCUGAUGCCCAAACACAGGCUGAGAGCCCAUGGCUGCGCCUGCUGAAGGGGCCGGCGGCCAAUCAGAAGCGAGCCGAACCGGACCGGUCACGGAGGGGAUGGAACCGAGGAUGCUUUGGGCUGAAACUGGAUCGGAUCGGGUCCAUGAGCGGACUGGGCUGUUAGUGGAGAGAAAAUACAGACUGACGACAUCCUUCUUAGAGUAUCAUAAGGGAAAAUACAUGCAAAGAUGUUCACGUGCACUGAAGGAUGUGUACGUGUGUAGGCUGUGUGUAGUGUGGCGUGCAGUAUUGCUCAUGUGGUUUCAUCCAGCGUAGAUCUGUAUUAACAGAGCAGCUGUAGUUUAUUCCCUUCAAGUAUUAAACUGAAUAUUAGAACAUUGUGAGCUGUAAUUACAUCAAAUGAUCGUCAUUGUUUUUUGUUUAUGUAUUUCUAGCAUUUGUCUUCAUACAGUAAAUGUGAUUUAGGCAAUUGUUAAAUCUAUGGAUUGUGAGUGUGUAAUGGAUGUAGAUAUUAAAAUAUAAUGGCACCUGUGA